AUGGAGCUUUAUUCCCCAGAAGGAUUAAGACUUGACGGGAGACGAUGGAAUGAGUUAAGACGUUUUGAGUGCCAUAUUAAUACGCAUCCUAAUCUGGCAGACGGAUCCAGUUAUGUGGAGCAAGGAAACACCAAGGUGGUUUGCUUAGUACAAGGCCCCAUGGAACCUAAGCAACUGCUGCAACUGAAUGAGUGUACGAUAGAGGUCAAUGUCAAUGUGACAAACUUUUCGACAUUUGAAAGACGAAAGCGAGGUAAGUCUGAUCGCCAAGUGCAAGAGCUUGUCACCACGCUCGAAAGAACGUUCGAUCAAAGUAUCAUGACCCACUUAUACCCACGAACGCUUAUCAAGUUAGACCUUACCGUUCUAGCGCAAGAUGGGGGUCUAUUGGGAACUCUAGUCAAUGCGAUGACUCUUGCAUUAAUUGACGCUGGCAUUGCUAUGUACGACUAUAUCUCUGCUGUGUCCGCAGGACUACAAGAUACGAAUGUACUUUUGGAUCUCAACAACCUCGAAGAAAAAGAUAUGAGCGGGUUAACUGUCGGAGUUAUUGGAACUUCAGAAAAGUUGGCGUUGUUGAUGUUGGAGAACAAAAUGCCCGUUGAUCGUCUAGAAAGUGUGCUAGCGCUUGCGAUAGUUGGGAGUCAUCGCAUUCGUGAACUUAUGGAUCAGGAAGUUCGGCGUCACGGCAAUGAUAGAUUGAGGAAACGUAACGAGAUGUGA